UGAGUAAUUUUUUAUUGUCAACUCACAUGCUUUUUACUCUCAACUUCUCAAAUACAAAUAGAAUAUUUGUUGGAAAAAUUAAAAGAAAAAAUAUCAUAAAUAUAGCAAUUCGUCGUAAUUAUUCGACUUCGUAUGCAGAUAAUCGUCGUCGUCGUAGUAGUUUUUGUGAAAAAGAAGAGGUUGAAUGUGUGUAAUAAUAAGUGCCGCCCGUCAAAAGAAAAAUUUUCAAAGAAAAUUUAAGAAAAUCAAAAAACUGCUUCAAUUUCAUUCAAUUAAUUGUUAGUGAAAAGAAUAAACAAUUCCAAUUGCAAUUAACACAGGAAACAGUCGAAAUGAGUUCAAUUAUUGUGCUGGAUUCGUCCGAUGAGGAUGAGAGUCCCCCUAAAAAAGCCAAUGUCAAAUCAACAACUGAUUAUGGUUAUAAUCCUUCAGUCACAAAUUCAUCAUCAUCAAAAGGUCAAAAUGCUAAACCAAGAGCUAUACCUAGUGGCAUUACAAUAACACCACGUCUUAGCCCUACAUCGCUGGGUGCAAAAAGUGUCAAUAUGCAAUCGUUAAAUACAUCCUCCUUGGCAGCAUCAUUUAUUGCCCUUAAUAGCAUCAUAAACGAUGAACGACAGACACCCACACCACCCAAGGGACUACAGGCACCAGGAUUGAAUCAAAGAAAGAGAAAAACUCCCACACCACCGCAAUCAAUGCAGCGGUUGACCGCUAAAAACUUUGCUACUAUGACAAAUUCUUCACCGGCUAAAGCGGCCACCACAGUUGCUCCUCUACCGCCCAUAAUGCCAAUGAUAACUGGUGUGCAUUCAAUGGCUGCCGCCGGUGCCACACCACCCUUACAACUUAUGGCCACACCGCCUCAUAACCUGGGCGCCUUUAUGGGCCUAAAUGAACAGCUUAUGAUAAAUCCUCAUUUAAUAUCAUCUGGUCUGCCACCCAACACCACAAUUACAGCUCAUCCAAAUCCUAAUCAGAACAAUAUUAACAAUAAUUUCAAAAUACAUUUACCCUUUAAUAGACCAACAGCCACUACUACUACGCCAUCACCUGCCGCUUCGCCAGCCUCCUCUGCACCCAAAACACCCUCACCCCAGUUAACGCCUUCGCCCCAGCCCGGUCGGGCAGACAGAAAUUCCCGCAGAAUUAAGCCCACUACCCUUUUGAAAUCUUCUGAUGAAAGUUGGCAGAGACACAAACAAAACGACAAACCAUCUCAAAGGACUCCCAUAUCACUUAGUAAUGACGUGGUCAUUGAAAUGUUGCCACCCUCUACAGAAUCGCCGAAAUCAAUAUCAGCCUCAUCGUCCAGACAUCACACUCCCAUGACAUCGCCUACUACACCAAAAUCUCGAAAAUCGCCAGAUGUCAUCAAUCUAACAACUCCCACCAAUCAUCACAAUAUACGUAAAGAUUGUGACACUGUAUUAGAUUUGACACAUUCACCGGAUAAAGUAAAGAACAUAACAACAACACCCAUCAAGCCGACCGAAAUUGUAGAUUUGGUUAAUACACCCGAACAGCAAAAACAACAAAUAAAUGGCGAGGCUAACACUACAAAACCCGAUAAAAAGCCCGACAAACCACCACCUAAGCCACCGCUAGAACCGGAAUACGAAGAACUGAUUAAAGUCUGUCGCGAAGCAGAUCCCUCCAAAGAUAUGGAGAAAUUAAUCAAAUCAAGAUUGAUAAAAUACUAUUAUGAGGUACACAGUGAUUUUGUAAAAUCGAAAAGUUUUCGGAAAAGCAUACACAAGGUUGUGGAAUCAAUAAAGGCUAAGCCGGAUUUGGUUUAUUUAAAUCUUAAGACAAUUGUGGAGGAACUUAAGGUACGGCGUAAGGCCAGACUGGUGGAGGAGGCAACUGCAGCGGCAGCCAUUAAUGCAACAGAAACCACAACAUCCGCAUCAGCUGCCACUAAUAAUAAUAGUAGUGCAGAAAGUCCAGCAACAGAGAAAAAUUCGGCAAAAAAUACAACGACUAGUGAAUCUAAUGUUCCUGCCACUUCGUCAUCGACUUCGUCCACAUCAGCGGCUAAUAUUUCAGCCACGGCCACAGCAUCGACCGGCAAUAAAAAGUUAGAUGAACAAAUAAAGAAAUUAAAUAGGGCCCUGUAUGUUUUAACCAAACGUAUUGAGGUUUUGGAACAGGCCGAAGUUGAUUGGGACGAUGAUGAUUCGAGUUUUCUGCAAGUGGAACGUUUUAAGAAAAGAGCUUGCCAGAUCUAUGAAAAAAUUUGUGAUCUAACGGGAGAGAGUAAAAAUGCCCAUCGUUUAGUUAAGAAACCCAUAAAAUUCAAUGAGACACGUAUACCACAGUUUAAUAAGACCCUGCAGGCGUUUAUCAAUCGCACAAAGGAAUUUCCCGAUUAUUAUGAUGUUUUGCGUAUGCUGGAACACUGUAAUCGUACCUAUAGUUUGGGUUUAGUUAACUUUGAAAUGAAAAAUAUAGCUGAAGAUGCUUUCAUUAAAGUGGGCAAGCUAUUGCAAUCACGACGUAAAGCCGACCUAUAUGAAACUGUUACCCACUAUGCGGGUGAUGGUGCAGAUCCCGCAAAGGCCGAUCCGGCUUUGGCGGCAAAAUUAAAUGAAAAUCUUAAAAAUCACAAGAAAAUUAAUGAUAUCUUGGAGAAGUUUGCGCGCAAACAAGACAUGCCCGAUGUCGAGGAGGAAGAAGAAAAGGCUGAAAAAACAGAAAAUUCUGCGGUAGCAACGGAAGCUGAAGUUAAAGCAGAAGUUAAUGUUAAAAUGGAAACGGAAACAGAAACGGCGGAAACAACAUCUAAAACUACAACAGAAAUCUCAAAUAUUGAGGAUCAGAAGAUGGAGGAAGAUAAAAAACCAGUUUUAAUUAAGUCCGAAGAAAGUAAAAAUGAAACGGAAACUUCGGGGGUAGAUAAAAUGGUUGUGGAUAACGAGGAUGAGGAGGAUGAUGAUGAUGAAGAUGAUGAGGAGGAGGAAGAUGAUGAGGAAAAUCUAGAUGAACAAGUAGAAACAUUAGCUAAUGGCGAUGUAUCCGAUAAUGAAUCGGAUAACGAAAUAGACACCAACAAAGACAAGACAAAUAUCACACAGGAUUCGGGUAAACAAAAUGAAAGUUUAGAAAUUGUGGAAAAAAGCUUAGAUACAACAAAUAAUGAUAAAUCAUUAACCGAAUGUAUAGAAAUACAUGAUAAUUCACAUGAUAUUUUGAGUUUAGAUGUUACAAUGAAAAAUUGUAUGGCUAAGGAUGCCUCCACAAUUGUAAAAAUUAACUCUGAAACUGAUAGUGUAUUUAUUAGAACCAACAACAAUAAUGAUCUAGAGGUAUCAACAACAAAGAAUGUCAUUAAUACAGCAGCUGCUACUGAAGAAUCUUCAUUGCCAUCCUCUCCACUUUCAUCACCUAUACCUCCUGCCUCUAUAACGCCUACGCGAAACGGUAAACUUAAAGAUACACCACCGCCUUCUCAUCAUCUGCUCAAUAACAAUAGUAAUGCCACAAAAUUGUGUACAGCCACGGCCACAACAACUACGGCAGAUUUGAAAAUUGUUCACGUAUCUAGUCUAGAACCCGAUAGUAGUAAUAAUGAUGUUAUUGUUGUUGAUAAUAACCAUCCAGCAUUAAUAAAUCGAAAUGAGGUUGGUAGUAAUUUAUGUACGGAUUUAACUUCUCCAACGCCGGCAAAUAAAUCUUUAGAGGAAAUUGUUAUAUCCGAUGAGGAAUCAUAGUGUUUAUUGGAUUUAACCAUGCACAAACGAUGAUGACAAUGAUAAUAACGUUGAUGGUUGGUGUUGUUGAAGUUUUUACAAUAGUUUUAUUUUUGAUUUUGAAACUGUAAGUUUUCAUUUAUUUUUCCAAACUAAAUUUUUUUUUUGUUUUUUGAUUUCAACAAUUUUUAACUAUUUUCGGUUGUGGUUUAUUUAGUUUGUUUUAAGUGUGUGAGAGUUGCAUUAUAUAUUAUAAUACUUAUUAUGUAUAUUUUUUUUGGGGGUGAUGUAGGAAACAUGUUUUGGUGUUGUACAAAUCAUUGGUUUUUUAAAUUAUUUUGUCAAAUGAUGGAAAUUGGUUUCGGUAACGAAACUGUUUCAAAACUAUAAAGAUUUAUUAUUUUUUUUAUUGUAAAUUCUUUAAACUAUUAUGUUGGUGCUUUUGAAUUAAUUUGUAUUACAUUUCUUAUCUAAAUACUGUUAAAUUUUUUUAGUAAUUGUCAUCUGUGCUUAAUUUUGCUAUACAAAGAAUAUGCCUUUGAUUGAAUAAUUUCGCCUUGAAAUCGAUCGAUAUUCAUCACAUCUUUUCAUAACGUUCGUUUCAAAAUUUUCUACACAUUUAUUUCUAUGUUUGUUUACUACAACAAUAUUUUAGUUUAUGUAAAUUAAACCAAUUGAAUUUAGGAAAUUCUGGUUAGAUAAUGUUUAACUUACAAUUACUCAGUCGUUUAUUUUCAGUUUAAAACAAAAACUGUGAAAGCUCAGUUAAACUUUGUUGUUUAUUAAAAGGUUGUAAAAGCAAGUUUAGCUUUAGGACCACUUAAACAGAAUGACACUAUGUUUAUAAGUUUGUAAUUUCUACAUUGUUCAUUUGUGACUCCAUAAAGUAUCAGGCCUGUCACAGAAUUCCAUUCCGAUCGGAAGUGGAAUUAAUUCCGUAGUUUGCUUCUUUAGAAAAAGUAAAACGAAAAUUUGGGCCUUUUCGGAAAUGCAUCACUGCGCUGCAUCUGAUGCGCAGUACGUUCUAAAAUGCAAAAGUUGCCAACACUGCAAAUGUCUUGAGUUCUAAAAAGCAACAGUGAAACAGAUGAUGCGCAAAAACCCAUCAAACAAGCAUCACCAAAAUGGCUGAUGCAUUGUCUGCGCAUCAGCAUCGCAAACUAAUCACAGAUGCGCAUCAAAUGCAGCGCAGUGAUGCAUUUCCGAAAAGGCCCUUUAUUUCGGAAUGAAACCACUUUCAGUUGUCAAAGUGGAAUUGAUAUUUCUUUGUAACUAUUUAGUUUACUAAAAUUUUUAAUCAAUUUCUGUACCAAAACCUUCACAUUUGUUUUAAUAUGAAAAACUCUGCCAAAUUAAAGUCAGAAAUACAGAAUCAUGAAAUAUUUUUGAAAUAAAUUACAUGGAAUCUAAAGAACCUAAAACCAAAUCGAUCGAAAUAAAAACUAUGAAAUUGAAACCAUUCCGAACAAAAUGUGUGACAGGCCUGUAUAUAUAGUGUCUGAAUUGUUAUAGAUAUUGGAGUCGCUAUAUUUAUCUCCGCCUGUCUGAUUAAAUCAACAUUCCGAAGCCAAGCAGCAAUAACUUACAAAUAUGAUUGAUAUACAUUAAUAUUCUUGGUUCGGAUGCUAUUUAUUUUAUUUUUAUUACGGUAUUAUAAAUAUUUGUUUUAUAGUCUAAAGAGUUUAGGAAAUUAGAAAUCCUUUUCUACUUUAUUAAUUAAGAACAAAAUUAUAAAAUGUGUAAAUAUUUUUAUUAUCAUUAUUGGCGGGAAGGAAAAAUUUAAAAAAAACCUCUAUAAAGAUCUUAAAAUAGUUAUGUUGGGAGAUUUAAAAUUAUGCUGAAACCAGUUCGUUAAUAUGAAUAUAUUUAGACAAUUCACAUUUUCUUUUAAAAUUUGUUGUAAAUUAGGUUAUUUUAACAUAAACCAGUUCAAAUCCAGACAGGCUGUGGAGUCUUUGAGUGGAAAAGUGCCACGGAGGAUGCUAUUUAAAAUCGAAAAAAUCGGCACCUAAAAAUUUGUUUCAUACUUUUUCACCAAAUUUUUUUUCAAUAUCUUUAUAUUUUUUCACCAAAAUAUUUUGUUCUUUAAUAUUUGUUUUCAACCAUGAUACAAUAAUUGUAGAAGGUAGAAUCACUAGGGAGAGUUUUAAUUUUUUUCAUAUUUGUUUAUAUUUUCUUUUGUUUGACGUUACAAGAAUUGUAUAAUUGAGAAUUUAUUUUCUACUGGGUGUACCUUAUGUUGUUGUAUCAUGUUUUCAACAAAAUUCAGAUUUCACCAAAAUUUUGUUCAACAAAUUUUUUU